AUGUCUUUCCCGGGUACGCUCAGCUCGCAGCUCACGGCCGUCAUGGAGGCUCUGCUGAAGGCGGUGGUGGCCCAGGUCACCGCUGUCGUGGAGGACCGAGUGGUGGAGCUGAGGCUGCAGCUGCGAGACAGAGACCGAGAGUUAAUGGGCAAGCAGCGGCACAUCGAGCUCAGGGACCGGGAGAUCCUGGAGAAGCAGCGGGACAUCGAGCUCAGGGACCGGGAGAUACUGCAGCUGCGAGCCGUUGUGGAGGAGCUCAGAGCCCGGGAGGAGGAGGAGGAGGAGGCUGUGAUCGCCGUGGAGGAGAGGGCAGAGGAGGCACAGAGCUGCAGCCAAGUGUGGACCAAAGAAGAAGAAGAAGAAGAAGACGAUACCGACUCGGAGUGUGUGAUGAAGUGGGAGCCCAACGAUUUCCUCAUUUCUCCGUCUAUUCUCCCAGCGCACCUGUCUGCUUCUGCUGACGUCACCGCUUCCACGAGUACAAAUACUGCUGCCGAGGCUUUCUGUUCGAACGACACCAGCAGCACGGAGCCCACACACACUUUCAGUUCUCCAGAGACGCAGGACUUCGCCAACCCGGGACGCGGCACCAAAGAGUUGUUCCCGUCCACGUCCAGCUCCAGCGGCUACAGAUGCGACCAGUGCGGGAAGACGUUCACCGGGAAGAAACGCCUCAUCACCCACCAGACGGUCCACACGGGAGCCCGGCCCUACGGGUGUCCCAAGUGCGGCCAGAGGUUCACACGCAGCGACAGCCUGGUGCGGCACCUCAAACUGGACUCGUGCUGCAAAGUCACCUCCCUGUUCUUGGAUAAAACUCAGUACUUUGGGCCUUAG